AUGCACUUCCAGGAACCUUCCCGGAGAUACCGAUGCUGGCACGACAAGUACAAGGUCGAAGCACUCCCUAAGCUUGACCUUCCCCGACCGGUACUCUACCGAUGGUUGGUAAUACCCCCGAGGCACAGCGAUUUCGAGCAGUAUCACAGGCGUUUUCAUCACAAAGACGCAAAACCCACUUGCUCGUGCGGACGAGCUAAGACCCCGGAAUACCUCGCACUCUGCGAGAUCGCACAGCGCACUGUUCGGUACUGGCCGAGGAACUCUCUGACCUUGCUUAUCCGGCGAGAAGGGGACUGCUACCUCUGCUCUCUUGAAACCGCAGAGUUCGCUGAGCUGCUGCGGGUUACGGCGUUCUACGCCAAGAUCUGCACCACCACCUCCAUCAUCAAUUAUUCUGAACUGGCCGUGAAGAGUGCCCAGCAAAGCAAAAUUCCUUACAUCGAGUCGUUCUCUAUCAUUCCCAAUUCUCUGUGGCUGUUCUGUCCCCCUGCUCAUAUCAUUGUACACAAUACUCAUGCGUGUAUGAUGCAGAUCUGUCAGCGUUGCGAUAAACCUGGUCACGGAUCAAGACAAUGCUGGGAAUAA